ACAUACUAUCCUAUAUCGAUUUAUCUGCGUACUAUUCCAUGGAUGACAUUGAAGUUCCUCAGUAUUUUAUCUGCCCUAUAUCCCUCCAAAUCAUGAAAGACCCCGUGACAGCCAUAACAGGCAUUACUUACGACAGGGAAAGCAUCGAACACUGGCUGUUCACAAGCAAGAACACCACAUGUCCGGUCAGCAAACAGCCUUUGCCAAAAGAAUCCGGCUUAACCCCUAAUCACACAUUACGCCGGCUAAUCCAGGCUUGGUGCACCCAAAAUGCCUCGCAUGGCAUCGACCGGAUUCCCACGCCUAAGCCGCCUCUCGACAGGUUUCAAGUCCUCAAACUCAUCAAACACCUUUCGCAACCUCAUCAGCUCCAACUGAAAACUGUCAGACAGUUGGAGUUCCUCGCGGCUGGGAGUGAAAGGAAUAGGAAUCCCAUGGUGGAAGCCGGCGUGCCGAAAGCCAUGUUGUUGUUUAUUGCGACAUGUUUCAAGAACGGUCAAAUAAAUGGCAUUGAAGAAGCUCUCAGCGUGCUUAACUUUAUCCCGAUCCCUUCAGCCGAGCUAAAGCAACUUCUUGCGGAGAAUGAUCAUAUUAUCGAUUCGCUGACCUGGGUUUUGUGUUGUGAGAUGGAAAAUCACCCGACAGUGAAAUCCCAUGCGAUGAUAGUGUUGAAAGCAAUCGUCAAGCCCGGGAGCUCAAGUGUAUUGUUAGAAACAUUGAAACCCGAAUUCUUUAAGGCGAUUGUACGAGGCUUAAGGAGUGGGAUCACUCAAGAAGGAAUUAACGCUGCUUUGCAUGUGUUGUUAGAAGCUUCUCCUUGGGGAAGAAAUCGAAUAAUGAUGGCUGAAGUGGGCGCAGUUUUUGAGCUCAUUGAGCUUGAACUGGGGCUGCCUGAAAGGAGAACUACGGAGCUGAUUUUAGGGAUACUACUUCAUCUAUGUUCUUGCGCCGAUGGGAGAGCACAGUUUCUAAGCCAUGUAGGAGGCAUUGCUGUGGUCUCAAACAGGAUCUUCAGAGUUUCAGCGGCAGCCGACGAUCGAGCGAUUCUGAUCCUUUCAAUGAUUUGUAAGUACUCCUCAGGGACAUCUCCGGUGCUUGAGGAGAUGUUAAAGGUUGGGGCGGUGAAAAAGCUUUGGUCACUGCUCCAACUUGACUGCGCCGCAUACUUGAAAGACAAAGCAAGGGAAAUCCUUAGAUCUUAUUCUAAGGAGUGGAAGGAUUCUCCGUGCUAUGGUGUUUCUCAAGAUCUCCAUAUCUAAGGUGAAAUGCAAUUAUCUUGAGCCCAUGUAAGCAAAACAACUUAUAAUUAUACAUGGAUUCCAAUCAUAUUUGCUAGUAAUGAAUCAUCACUUAUCGCAAAAACUUAAGCUAA